UGGGUGUAGUUGUUUAUUUGUGUUCAGUCAGAAACAGAAGCUACGCGUUCAAACUAUGACAUAGAAAUAUUUGCAUACUAUACAUUAUUUUUAAUGCAUUCCAAAUUGUUUUCUUUAUUUAAAAAAAUAUUUUUACUUCAUUUAGAACUAUUUACAUUUAUUUCGCUUGGUGUUAAUACCAUGCCAAAGUUGUAAUUCUUUGACAUCUUUUGUGUUUGAAUACUAAUUAAAGCUUUUUCUUCACAGUCUUGUUAUAGAUAAUUAAUGUUCUAGUUUAAAACUUUCUAUCUGUGCGUGUGUAGCUUUCAAAUAGUUCUACGUUCUCGAAAGUUAUUUCCUAGCUGUAGGGGGAAUGUUUUGCUGAACAGAUCUACACGAUGUAUGGAAAGGAUUUUAUGCUGUGUUAAAUUUUGUUAAGUUUGUUCAAGGGAGUUGGCAAUAACCAAGAUGUUUAGAGUGAAUUCCAGAUUAACUAUUUACUCAUUACUGAGCCUGCUCAUCGUGAUGCUGUCUGUGAUCUUGCCACAAGAUUCACUGGCAGCUAGAAGUAGGUCAAAGUCAAAGUCUAAUACUGACACUAUUAAUGGACUGCAAGCCGAUGAACCAAGAGGACCGAAUGUAUGUGGGCCCCGCUUUCGCAGGCAGUGUUGCCACGGCUGGAGCAGGCCGGACUCCGGAAAUCUGUGUAUAAUUCCUGUUUGUAUAGCUGGCUGUGGUAGCGGUAAAUGCAUUCGUCCGAAUUUAUGUUCAUGUCCGAAUCAAAGACGACCAUCACCGCAGUGUUCGGACUCAGAGAGUCAAGAUAAGUGUCCAGGUGGCUGUUUAAACGGUGGCAGGUGUAUUUCCAAGGAUAAGUGUGCUUGUACAUAUGGUUUUGUUGGCAAAAAUUGUGAAUUAGAUUUUCGAACUGGUCCUUGUUUCACUCAAAUCAGUGACCAGAUUUGUCGUGGGCAGUUAACUCGUGUAGUAUGUACCAAAGCACUAUGCUGUUCAACCAUUGGAGUGGCCUGGGGGAAACCCUGCGAGCAGUGUCCAAGCAUUUCACAUCCUUGCAGAAGAGGCUAUGUCCCGAAUCCAGAGACCAAUACAUGUCAAGAUGUGAACGAGUGUCAUGCCAUCCCAGGCCUGUGUGUGGGAGGCGAGUGCGUCAACACUCUGGGCUCUUACAGAUGUCAGUGUAAAGAAGGUCAGACACAGAACCCCAUUACCAAAAUAUGUGAAGAUAUCAAUGAAUGUGAGCUUACACCUGGCAUAUGUAGUAAUGGACAAUGUAUCAACACAGAAGGAAGUUACUUCUGCCGCUGUGAUUCAGGAUAUGAACCUUCUCCGGAUAAAUCUAAAUGCAUUGCCUCACAACAGGGUUACUGCUACACGCGAGUGUCUGGGCGACAAUGUCAAGGUCGUAUACAAGAAAGAAUGAGCCUACGGGACUGCUGCUGCUCGGUAGACAUGGGUAAAGGAUGGAGUCUAAGUGGACAGACGUGUCAGCCCUGCCCUGUUGCGAGCACAGAUGCCCACAAGAAACUGUGUGACCCUCUGUCCAGUACUAAGUUUGACUACUGCAAGUCAUUGGAUAAUCUUUGUGAGAAUGGAAGAUGCAUAAGUCUUGAAGACUCUUUCAGAUGUGAAUGCAAUCCUGGAUUUAGAAAUGAUUCACAGGGCAAUUGUGUUGACGUAGAUGAAUGCAGUCGACCAGGAAUAUGUAGCCAUGGCAGAUGUACUAACACAAAAGGAGGCUUUGAGUGUAAAUGUAACCCAGGAUUUGCUUUGUCCAAGGAUGGAACUUACUGCACAGACAUGAAUGAAUGUGAAACAGUGCAGAUGUGUCCCAAUGGAAGAUGUAUCAACAUGGAUGGUUCUUAUAAGUGUGUUUGUAACCCAGGCUUUAGGCAAUCACCAAACCAGCAAAUCUGUUUUGAUAUUAAUGAAUGCACUGAAAAUGGAAGGGUUUGUCAACAUGGGCGAUGUGUGAAUACUGAAGGCAGUUUCCGUUGUGACUGUGACCCUGGUUUUCAGUUAGCUCCAGAUGGGGCAUUUUGCAUUGACUAUGAUGAAUGUAAGCGUACUGGCAUGUGUACCAACGGCAGGUGUCACAACAUGAUGGGUAGCUACAAGUGUAUCUGUAAUCCUGGCUUCCAGCUAGAUUCAUCCAACCAGGCAUGUAUAGACAUCAAUGAAUGUGAAACUCAUCCAAGAAUCUGCAACAAUGGCAUGUGCAUUAAUAAUCAAGGUAGCUUCAGAUGCGAAUGUCCACAAGGAUUUGUUCUGGGACAAGAUGGAAGAACAUGCUUGGAUGUUCGACAAGGAUUAUGCUACCCUGAUUAUAGAGAUGGCCAGUGCUUAAAUCCACUACUUCGUCUUAUGUCCAAGUCUGCUUGUUGUUGUACUCUGUCUGCUCCAGGUCAAACCUAUGCCUGGGGUCAGGCAUGUAUACCAUGCCCUCGCAUGGAGGACCCUGAGUUUAUUCAGCUUUGUCCUUUUGGCAAAGGAACUGAUCAUGAUGGGAAAGAUAUUAAUGAGUGCUUACAACAGCCAGACAUCUGUACCAAUGGUAUCUGUGAGAACAUUGAAAUGGGUUACAGAUGUAUUUGUAACCCUGGCUACAGGCAGGACUCUGCAGGACUCAGAUGUUUAGAUAUCAAUGAGUGUGAAGCCAAUCCAAUGCUUUGUGAUGGAGGGCAAUGUAAAAAUACACCUGGAAGCUUCCAAUGCACCUGUCCUACUGGUUAUAGAUUCAGUGGUGCUACCAGGAUGUGUGAAGAUAUCAAUGAGUGUGUUGAAAGACCCUGUGUUGGAGGAGAGUGUAUCAAUACACAAGGCAGCUUUAAAUGCAAGUGUGGACCUGGUAGAAUACUUGACACAACAGAACGCAUUUGUAUAGAUAAUCGUCAGGCCACCUGUUGGUUGAGUAUACUCAAUGGAAACUGUGAGAACAGCCUACCUGGUCUGUUAACCCAAUCUGAAUGUUGUGGCUCUAUAGGGCAGGCUUGGGGAAGUCCUUGUGCCCCAUGCCCUUCUCAAACUGAACUUCACUGUCCUAAAGGAUUCACUUUUAAGAAUGGAAUCAACUGUGUUGAUAUCAAUGAAUGUGAGAGGAUUCCAAAUUUAUGUAAAGGAGGCGGCCAGUGUGUCAAUACUGAGGGAUCUUUUAUUUGUACCUGUCCACCUGGUCUUGUACUAGACAAUACCAGACUGCGUUGUAUAGAUACACGCAAGAGUAACUGUUAUCAAGACUAUUCCCGAAUGUUCUGUUCCAAGCCUUUCAUGGGUGUGUAUAGCAAGGUUGAUUGUUGUUGCUCCAUUGGAGUGGCUUGGGGUGAACCAUGUGCAGGAUGUCCCCAAAUAGGAUCAGAUGAACACACAGCAUUGUGUAAAGACCAUGAUGGAGGGGAACCAUUUAGAGAUAUAAAUGAGUGCACCAUGUUCCCUGGCCUGUGUGUUAAUGGCAGGUGUAGAAACACAUUUGGUAGCUUUGAAUGUGACUGCAACCCUGGCUAUGCUAAAGAUAGCUUUGGCACAAACUGCACUGACAUUGAUGAAUGCAGGAUCUCCAUGGUUGACAUUUGUAGUCCAGGAAGAUGUGUCAAUGUUCCAGGGUCAUUUUACUGUGAAUGUGGACCUGGGUAUAAAGGCAUAAUGAUGAAUCAAAUGUGUGUUGACAUUGAAGAAUGUGAAGACAGUAGGUCACUGUGCCGUGGUGGCAGCUGUAUGAACACUCAAGGAAGCUAUGAAUGUGUUUGUCCUGAUGGACAUGAGCUAGCCCCUGAUGGUCAGGUCUGCAAAGAUAUCGAUGAGUGCUCAUCUAGUAGCAGCAUCUGUUCCAAUGGACACUGUGAAAACUUUAUGGGAGGCUACCAGUGUAUCUGUAACCAAGGAUAUGUUCCUAACGAACUCAAGUCAAUGUGCAUUGAUAUCAAUGAAUGUGAGUCUGAAAAUGGUGGUUGCCAGGCAGUGUGUGUCAAUAUGCCAGGUAGUUUUACUUGCUCUUGUGGUACUGGCUACCUGCUCCUCACUGAUGGCAGAACAUGUGUUGAUGUGGAUGAAUGUAAAGAACAACCCAAUAUAUGUGAUGGUGGUAGGUGUGAGAACUUGCCUGGCUCCUAUAGAUGCAUCUGUACUGGAGGAUUAAAUCCAUCACAGGACCAGAAGAGAUGUUUAGAUGUGGAUGAAUGUCUUACCAACAAGAAUCUCUGUCUGAAUGGUGUAUGUCAAAAUACUCAUGGCUCCUAUGUAUGCAAAUGUGAUAUUGGUUACUCAGUGAAGACACAGAUCAGAGCCACUGGAUGCACUGAUGAAAAUGAGUGUGAGUCAGGAUCCUCUGGUUGUGAUGCUAAUGCUGCAUGCAUCAAUACCCAGGGCUCCUUCAAAUGUGAUUGCAAGCCUGGAUACACAGGAGAUGGUUUCACUUGUCGAGAUGUCAAUGAGUGUAUACGUAAUAAUGGAGGUUGUCACAGGGAAGCUGCAUGUAUAAACACACCAGGAAGCUUCAGGUGUAUUUGUGACGAAGGUUUUAGUGGUGAUGGAUUCCAUUGUCAAGAUGUGGAUGAAUGUAUGGUGGAUCCUGGACUUUGUGAAAAUGGCCAGUGCUUGAACUAUGCUGGUGGAUUUAGAUGUGAAUGUGAUAUGGGCUUUGCACCAACAGAGGAUGAGAGAUCUUGUAAAGACAUUGACGAAUGCACAAUGUUCCGCAACCUUUGUGUCAACGGGAAGUGUGAGAAUGUCUUUGGAAUGUUUCGGUGCAACUGCAACCUAGGAUAUAAGCUAGAUGCCACUGGAGGGAACUGCACAGAUAUUGAUGAAUGUGAAAAUCCUGACAACUGCAAAUAUGGUAUUUGUGUGAAUCAGCAAGGCAGCUAUGUUUGUCAGUGUCCACCACAUUUUGAAAGCAAUCCAACUGGAACAGGAUGUAUUGAUAGAAGAUUAGGCUUUUGCUACAUGGAUGUACCUUUGACUAGUGGUCGCUCUGGCGUGUGCAAUGACAAAAUUGCUGAGGAUGUUUCAAGGGCAACUUGUUGCUGCAGUUUGGGCAAGGGUUGGGGCGAAGUCUUCGGCAUUUGUGAACCUUGCCCCAGAAAUGGAACUGCUGAGGCAGUGGCCUUAUGCCCUGGUGGGCCAGGUUUUAAACCAGAUCCUACUACUCUUGAUUUGGAAGAUAUUGAUGAGUGUGUGGAGAUGCCUGGUCUUUGUGAAGGAGGAGAAUGUCAGGACACAUUUGGUUCCUAUCUGUGUAUUUGUAAGCCUGGCUUUAGGCUGGAUCAGCUGAGAAAGAAAUGUGUGGACAUUAAUGAAUGUGAGGAGGAUCCUAGAAGAUGUGGAGUUGGCAGGUGUAUCAACACUAAUGGCAGCUAUCAAUGUGUCUGUCCUGAUGGAUAUAUUCUUAUGGAGGAUGGAGAAACCUGCAUGGAUAUGAGAAAAGCUAACUGCUACAAAGAUGUCCGCAACGUCACCAGUCGUCUUAGAGAUAUUCAGUGCUCUGAACCAUUGACUAUGCCACAGACCAGGUUCCAGUGUUGUUGCCUGUUUGGUGUGGCAUGGGGAGAACCAUGUUCUAUCUGUCCAACCAGAGGCUCAAAGGAGUUCAAAGCUCUAUGUGAAGAGGGUCCCAUUAAAAUUACAGAGAUUAAUGAGUGUGAAGUAAAUCCUGAUCUAUGUAAAAAUGGAAGAUGUAUAGAUUUGCCUUACAGUUUCCGCUGUGAAUGUUAUAAAGGUUAUGUUUAUGAUAGCUCAGCACAGACUUGUGAAGAUGAAAAUGAAUGUAUCCGAGAUGUAAAUCCUUGCAUUGGCAAUGCUCAGUGUGUAAAUGUUCCUGGUAGCUAUAGAUGCAGCUGCCCAGAUGGCUACACUUUGAGACCUGAUGGACGCAGAUGUGAAGAUAUCAAUGAGUGUCAAGAGAUUGCUGGUGUUUGUAGAAAUGGUAAAUGCAGAAAUCUUGAAGGAAGUUACAGUUGUACUUGUGAUUCAGGAUACAGACUAUCACCAAGUCGCGAAAACUGUAUAGAUAUUGAUGAAUGUGAGUCUAGACCAGGGCUGUGUAGAAAUGGAACUUGCUUUAAUACUGAGGGCAGUUUCAGGUGCCACUGUAACACUGGCUUCACACUUUCUCUGGAUGGGGAAUGUAUUGAUAUUGAUGAAUGUAUUGCCAUGAUUGGUAUCUGCACAAAUGGCAGGUGUAUCAAUACACAAGGUUCAUUUACCUGUCAGUGUCCACAAGGAUACACACUGUCUUCUGACAAACAGCAUUGCAGAGAUCUAGAUGAGUGUGUGGAAAUGGAUGCUAUGUGUCUAAGAGGAAAAUGUCAGAAUAUGGAUGGCUCAUUCAUAUGUACAUGCCCUAAAGGUUUUCAGCUUGCACCAGAUGGAAAAACUUGCAUAGAUGUGAAUGAAUGCCAGAAUUUAACAAAUCCUUGCUACGGUGGACGGUGUGAUAAUACUGAAGGAGGUUUUCGAUGUAUAUGUCCACCUGGACUAGAAGUCACAAAAGAUGGAAUGGCUUGCUUGGAUCACAGACCUGGUAACUGUUAUGAUGGGUUUGAGUUUAAUCGAUGCAUCGCACCAAGGGCAGGAACUCUAACUAAAGCUCAAUGCUGUUGUUCAGAAGCUGCUGCCUGGGGACUCUCUGGACAGUGUAACUUGUGUCCAUUUCCUGGAGAUGAUGAAUUUAAGGUUCUAUGCCCUCAUGGUUAUGGUUUUGUACCAAACAAGGAUGGAGAUAUUGAAGAUAUCAACGAGUGUCUUGUAAAUCCUGCCAUUUGCAUAAAUGGAAUCUGUAUAAAUAAUGACGGUUCUUCCCGCUGUGAAUGCAGGGAAGGUUUUAUUUUGGAUGCUAGUGGAAGGAAUUGUAUAGAUAAAGACGAAUGUCAAGAGAGAGAUGUUUGUGGGAAUGGGACAUGUCAUAAUACAAUUGGCAGCUUUGAGUGUACAUGCAAUUCUGGAUUUGAGCCUGGACCAGAUGAAAAAUGUGUUGAUGUGAAUGAGUGUCUGACCCCACUAAAUCAAUGUGCUUUCCGCUGUGCUAACAUUCCUGGCUCUUUCCGUUGUGUCUGUCCAAUGGGUUACAAAGUAGCUGCUGAUGAAGUACACUGUGAAGAUGUCGAUGAGUGUGCAACCCCUGCUCAUAAAUGUAGAUAUGCAUGUAAAAAUACUGUGGGAUCAUUCUUGUGUGUAUGUCCUGAAGGGUUCACUCAAGUUGGACAGGAUGAAUGUCGAGAUAUUGAUGAAUGCCGUACACCUGGUGUUUGUGAAAAUGGAAGAUGCUUUAAUACACAAGGUGGAUACAGAUGUGACUGUAACCCAGGAUUUCAACCCACUGAAGAUGGCAAAUCUUGUUAUGAUCGCCGUGCAGAUUUCUGUUACUUGGAAUUACAAGGUGGUCGCUGUGUAAGAACUCCAGAUUUAGCUCGCAUGACUAAGACUGAAUGUUGCUGUUCUCUUUCAGCAGCUUGGGGACGAGGCUGUGAGAGGUGCCCAGCUGUUAACACAGCUGCCUUUAACAAGCUUUGUCCUCAAGGUCCAGGCUUAACUCCAGAUGGUAAAGAUAUUGAUGAGUGUGCUAGUAUGCCAGGGGCAUGUAAAAAUGGCAGGUGUCUGAAUACUCUGGGCUCAUACAGAUGUGUCUGUGACAAAGGUUACAAGACAGACAUUUCAGGAAAGAAAUGUGUGGAUCUCAAUGAAUGCAGACAAGAUCCAAAGCCUUGUGAGUUCACUUGUUCCAAUACUGAAGGAAGUUUUGUGUGCGGAUGUCCUCCUGGCUAUGUCCUCAACAUGGAUGGCUUAACCUGCAGAGAUCUUGAUGAGUGUACUACCAUGAGGCAUGACUGCUCUGGCAGGUGUAUAAAUACUCCAGGCAGCUUCACCUGUGAAUGUGACCCUGGUUUUAGAAAGUCUCGCACCAAUGGCUGUGAUGAUAUUAAUGAAUGUCUAGAAAAUCCUAACUUGUGUGGACCUAUAGGUCAAUGCCAGAAUACAAGAGGCAGCUACCAGUGUGUCUGUCCAAAAGGCUACAGAAGAGAUGACACAGGAACUCAUUGUAUUGAUUUGGAUGAAUGCAAGGAUGCUAAAUGUGAGGGCUUCUGUGACAACAUACCAGGCAGCUUUAGAUGUGAAUGUCUUCCUGGGUAUACACAGAGACCUGGUGGACAGUGUGUAGAUGACAAUGAAUGUGCUGGUGACUAUGUCUGUGGUUUCUUGGCCCUGUGUAUUAAUCAACCAGGCAGUUAUGACUGUCAGUGUACUGGUGGUAGGGACUUUGAUACUAAUACUCUGAGCUGUGUUGAUGGAAAUGCAUGUGGUGACCAUCCUUGCCUGUUUGGCUGCACACCGUCCCAAGGGGGAUCUUAUGUCUGCGGAUGUCCGCCUGGAUAUGAACCAGUAGGAAAAGGACAUUGCAUUAUCACAGCCUCCUCUGCCAGCACUAAGUAUCCACCUGGAACAGAACUUCCUCAUGAGCCUGGCCCCAAUACUUCUGGCAAACUGCCUCCAGGAGAGGGCUGCUACCAGUGUGAUCAUGACUUUGGUGAACUUCCUUUGUCAAAGAGGACCAGAAGAAGUACUUCCAAGUUAACAAGGGAGGCAACAAGUCUCGAUGAGCUAAUAGACUUUUAUUCUACAGCUCAAAAUAUAUCAGUUGGUGAAGUUCUUAAGAGGAGAAACAGUGUCCCAAUGAAAUUAAAUCAUAAAAAGAUGGUGCUGGGUGAAACAUUUAACCCAAGUCUAUCUGCAGACCAAGGCCAGUGGAAUGGAUCCAACGUAAUAGUCAUGCAUGUCUCCAUGAACCAGACCAAACCUCACACUAAGCUCAUCAAGGUCAUACCAGCCUUGACUGCUCUAAAGCACAACGUGAAAUACAGGAUCAAGUCUGGCAACAAGGAAGGCUACUUCUCCAUGCACAAGAAGAAAGGCAUUAGCUCCCUUCAGUUUGCUCAUCACGUCCGCCAACCAAAGAAAUUCCAUCUAGAGAUCGAGUGCAAGCCAAUACAAAGUGACGAGAAAGUGGAGAACAGGACGUAUCACUUGGAGCCCUACAUUCUUCACUUGGAGAUUCAUGUGGUCAACUAGAUGGAAUAACGUUUUUAAAAAAAUUGUUUAGUAUGUGUGGAGCAUGGUGUAUUAAAUUUGUUUUUCAUCUCUACUUGUUCCAAGCAUGAUAUAUGUUCUCAGUGUUUGGUUAACUUAGCAGAGAUGUUGUUUCAUGUUGAUAGAUGUUGAUGUAUGUUGAUAAAUGUGCUGUAUGUUCAUACUUUGUGAUAAUUGGGCUCAUUUCAUGAACAUUAUUGCACUGUGUUCAUUGUUCAUGGGAUGAGAUAAAUGUCAAGAAAAUAAAACCAUACUUUUGUAUUCGUAUGCUUUAGAUUGAUUGUAAUAUUGAUCCAUGCGCCAUGUAAAUUAUUGGUUUAUAAAUUGAAUUUAUGCAAUUUAUUUGAUUUGAAUAAUCUAUAAAUUAUGACUCUUUUACUAAAAAAAAUGUAAAUGGCAAUAAAUACAAUCAAUAUCUAUUCAAGGGUUUUCCAUUGUGACUUUAAGUUCAUUUUAUUUUUAUUUAAAAAAUUUGCACUACUACCAUUUUUUGUUGAAACUUAGAAAACAAAAGAAUUUUAUACUCAAAUAUUCAAAUUUAUUUCAGACAAUCAAAUGAAUUUUAAAUUGAAAAGGGAAGUGGGCAUUAAUUAACUUAAUUUAAAAAGAAAAAAAAAGGAAGAUCUAGUUCCUUGUGAACAACAGUUUCUUGAUAUGUUACUUCAGAGCUGGUCAGUUGUUGUAGAUAUUACUUCAGAGCUGGUCAGUUGUGUUCAGUAAUGUGUCAUUGUAUCAUUUAUUUUUAAUUUUUUUGACCAAACAAAAAACCCUUACCCCAAUGGUUAAAAGAAUUUUAUUUUUUUUCUAUUAUCAAAACAAUAAUUUGUGAACUCAAAAUCUCAUCAAACCAGAAAAUUCUGUGUUGUGAAAAGAGUAGUGCUUAACUUGGUAUUUGAACACAAAUUAGAGUAGGCAUAGAAUGUGAACAAAUGUCUGCAUGGGCAUCAAACUAGCAGUUGAGUUGAUCAUCUUUAUCAUGCAAAGUCUAUAAAUCUUGGCUUUCCAUUACAUGCCGAAAUUCUUAAGCUAUGAUUUACACUAGUUUUGUGUUAAAGUAAGUUGAAAACAUUUUCCUGAAUCAAGUUUAGUUUUACUUUCUCUUAUGUGUUAUUACCAAAAUGAGAGUAAAAUAAAUAUUGUAUUGGUCAAAUGUGUAGAGGCUGUAUGAUUGUAGCCAAACUCUUUCUAAAGCUGACUUGAAAUCAUUUUGCACCCACAACUGCUCAAACACAGUGGCAUCUUAUGAGCAUCUAGGGAAUUUAAUUUUAACUUGAUACAGUUUAAUCAUGGGAGUCUCACCAAAGAAAUCUUAUAAUAAUGACAUGUAUUUUUUGCUCUGUGCAUUUAAUUCAAAUACAAAUGUCCUUUGUUGCAUAUUGUCAAACGAUACAUUAUUAUGUAUUUUACUGUGUUAGAUUAUAGUAAACCAAAUGGUUUCGACGCUUCAUAUAUAAUUUCUAUGUUAUCUGCCUAUUUGUUGUUAUGUUAUAUAACUACUGUGCCUUUCUAGAACAUAGUUCAUUCAUAUGUUUGUAUGUACUGACAGCUGUCAUUUAUUCCCUAUAAAAAUUAUUGUAUCCUUUCCUUGGACUAAUCAAUUAUUCUCAUAGUUAUGAGUUAUAUUCUUAGAUUGCAUUUAACUUGGAAUCAGCUUGUUUCCAAUGUUCUCAUUGACUAUGCAGUAAAAUUAUGCUCUAACAGUUUCAAUUAUAGCCAAUAUAAGAUACCAAAAAGUAUAUGAAAACA